AUUUUUUUCCCCCAUUCCGCGCUCGUUUUUCCCGAGUCCCCAGUUCUCUUGAAUGCACCAAGAGAGUUUAUAUAGCGCAAUGGACUGGCCAGCCACAUGCUCGCUCAUUCGAUUAGUCGUGUGAUCGACCUGGAGACGUCUUUCUCAAUGUCGAAGUUAUAUCUUAGAAAUGCUUCAUUAGUGUUUAACGUUAGUUAUUGGUACACUGCUGCCACUUGAGUCUUGCAAUGCUCCUGAACUGGUCAUUAACGUUAGCUCCAAGUAGCUAGAUUGGUAGUUGUGGAGGGUUGGGCCUUGCAGAACCAUGCACGUGGGGAACUGGAGAUACGUAAACCAUGCCGGGUUCUAGAUUCGGGAGACCACGCCACACUGGCCAGGUCCAGAAGGAGUGAACUGGAGCAUACACCAUUGACUGCACAUGGCUGGAGUGACACCGCUCCCAAUGAGUUGAUGACUAGGAGACUCAAGGUGGUGUCCCUUUGAAUAACAUCCCUAUAAGGCACAUAUGUCAGAGUCAAGGCCCGCGGGCCACAUCCGGCCCGCGAGAAGGUUUUUUACGGCCCCUGGGAUGAUCUUGAUUUAUUAUUAGAACCGGCCCGCAGACCGCAGCAAGCCGGCAGCCCGCAGAUCUUUUACACGCACCAAUACUACAUUUCCCACAAUGCAACGGUGACGCACCGAGCAGUAGGCUGCUUCAUUUCAAUAUUUAUUGGCACAGCAGUCGUCAGCAUCACAGUAAAAUUAACUUUCAGAUACCCAUCAAAAAUGGCAAAAAGGAAGGUGGACACUGAGAACCGGGGGUUUCAAACAAGGUGGGAGUCGGAGUAUAUGUUCACGGAGGUAGCUGGAAAACCUGUGUGUCUUCUGUGUGGAGAAAGUGUGGCGGUACUGAAAGAGUAUAAUCUGAGACGACAUUAUGAAACGAAACACGCGGACAAAAACAAGAAUAUGGACAUGGAACAAAGGCUACAAAAGGCAGAGGAAUUAAAACCGAGGCCUCAAAUCUCGACAGGCUCUGUUCAAAAAGCCAAAUCACAAGGCCAGGCUGCUGUCAAGGCCAGUUUUAUUUUGGCAGAAGAGAUCGCUAAAUCAGCCCGGCCAUUUACGGAGGGGGAUUUCAUCAAAAACUGCAUGAUUAAAGUUUGUGACGAAGUUUGCCCAGAAAAAAGGCAACUCUUUUUAAAUGUGAGUCUGAGCAGAAACACCAUUGCCGAGAGAGUAGACCAGUUGUCCAUCAAUCUAAAAGAGCAGCUUGUGAAAAAGGGAAAAGAUUUCAUUGCAUAUUCCUUGGCUGUGGAUGAGACCACCGACAUUUCUGACAUUGCCCAGUUGUCAAUUUUCAUCCGCGGAGUGGACUCCAGCCUAAGCGUGACAGAGGAGUUUUUGGCUUUACGUCCUAUGCAUGGCACAACUACGGGGCAUGAUUUGUAUGAAGAGGUGUCAAGAUGUGUAAAUGAGAUGGAGCUGCCUUGGGAAAAACUCGUGGGUUUGACAACCGACGGAGCACCUGCGAUGUGUGGACACAGGAGCGGACUGGUGGCGAAGAUACGGGAAAAGAUGCAAGAGGAAAACGCGACAGCUCUCAUCUAUCCUUCAGAUUCUCUUCCACGUGGCCGGAGUUUCCAAGAUGGUCAGCGCUUCCUUUCUUGCUCUGGUAACUUGACACAGAACUACCACUGGAGGCCAGUGUUAAGAUCAACAACAAUGAUUUUACAUAUCCAUUCUACUAUCCCCAGGGUGCAAUUUCUACAGCAGCCCUGGCUUUAAAUUAUAUAGUAAAAACUAUGGAUAAUAAACUGUAUUGUGCUGAUCAUUUUAGUGAUUUCUCUAAAGCCAUAUACUGUUAAUCAUUCCUUAUUGCAUAGACUCCUCUAAUGGGUUGGGUAAAAAACAUUGUUGUAAUAAAUAUCACCUGGGAGCAUGAGCAGCAGUGUGCAUUUUCCUUUCUCUGUGUGUUCUGCUUCGUUUAUUUUGAGGUUUCGCUGAGUAAUGGUGUUUUUUGUCUGUGAUUAUAGAAGAGACAGUCUCAUUCUUUGAACUUCAAUAAAUAGGUUUUAACCCGG